AUGGCGGCGAACGAUUAUUAUAGCUCAUAUUCACAUCAACAACAAUAUCAACAUGAAGAACCAUCACAACCAUACAACAGUACAUUCGACAAUCAGUCUCAACAACAUACAGUACCCCCAUCAUAUCAAUCUCAAGCACCUUCAAGACAAGACUCAACUCCUUCACGAAUAGGAUCGACAAGACCUCAUGAGUUGUCGCCAGUAUCCCCCUUCGAAGCUCCAUUCGAUGACCAUGUAUAUCCAGCACCACCAAGUGUGCCGCCACAUAGGCAAGAUAGCUCGUAUAGCUUGGGACAGGAUUCACAAUACUAUGGGCAGGGUGGAGGAGGCAGAGAACAAGAUGGGAUGGGUUAUUCCAGAGAAGAUAUACCUUUACGAGAAAAUUCGCAAGUACCAGGAAAGGAUGCGCCCGAUGCGGACUUGAACGAUCAUGUAUACGAUGCAGGAGAAUCGGGAAUACCUCCACAUCUGAAGGAUCAAAAGAGAAAUAGAAUGAGUGAUGCUAUGGCUAUGGGACUUGUGAAUAAGAAAAAGGGCAUACCUUUCGUUACAUACACUCUCACACUGGUACAAGUGAUAGUAUUUAUUGUGGAGAUUGUGAAGAAUUCUCAACUCACUGGAUCUCCUAUCGAAAUCCAUCCUUCCUUUAACCCUAUGAUUGGUCCUUCACCAUACGUGCUUAUCAACAUGGGCUCAAGAUAUACACCAUGUAUGCAUAACAUGACCGCAAUAUCAGAUUUAACUGCCAUAAGCUGGCCAUGUCCAAAUACCACGAGCUUAACAUCAGCCGAAUGUUCAAUAAGUGAUCUAUGUGGAUUUGGGGGAGUUGGAGCGACACCAGACCAGUGGUAUAGAUUUGUCUUACCCAUGUUCCUUCACGCCGGAAUUAUUCAUAUUGGUUUCAACAUGCUUCUUCAAAUGACUAUGGGAAAGGAAAUGGAACUUUUAAUUGGACCCAUUCGAUAUUUUCUAGUUUACAUCUCUAGUGGAAUCUUUGGAUUUAUACUCGGUGGAAAUUUUGCUGCGACUGGUAUAUCAUCUACAGGCGCCUCGGGAGCUCUUUUUGGUCUCAUCGCUCUUACACUACUGGACUUACUAUACAAAUGGAAAGAACGUGUCAGUCCUUGGAAGGAAUUAGCUUUUAUCGGUCUUGAUAUCAUCAUAUCCUUCGUUCUAGGUCUCUUACCCGGUCUCGAUAAUUUUUCGCAUAUUGGGGGAUUCUUCCUGGGCCUCGUUCUCGGUUUAUCGAUUCUUCGUUCACCCAAUUCUUUACGAAUGCGAACAGGUCAAUCAGAUCCACCAUACACACCUAUCGCUGAUAAAACCAAUCAAGGUGAUCGUGGAAUUGUCAGUCUAUUCAAGAACCCUACAGGCUUUUUCAAGGGUAGAAAGCCUGCAUGGUGGGCUUGGUUACUUUUAAGAAUAGCAGCCUUGGUGUUUGUCUUGGUUGUGUUUAUUCUGCUUUUAAACAAUUUCUAUAUCUAUAGGAAGACUUGCGGUUGGUGCAAAUAUUUGAGUUGUAUUAAUGUCAACAAUUGGUGUAGUCUGGGAAACCUGGAAUUCACUAAUAUCACGACGAAGAGAAGCGUGCUUGACAGUUGGGACGCGAUGGCGAAGUUGUCUUAA